GCCUUUGGGAAGCGGCACCUACUCUGAGCCCCAUUCUGCAAGGACAGGAUUCAAUAAGGCCUGACUGACCUUCAGGCUUCAACCUUCUAUUGCCUCCUACAGUCCGGCAAUAAUUAUUAAGGUUGCCAGAUAAAAAUCAUCAAUUAUAUUAUGACUGGUGAUUCUAGGGUUCGUAAAAGAAUUAUCCAUCCAUGUUAAUGGAGGAAUCACAGGUUCUCAAAGAAUCUUUUGCACAUGAAAUAAUAUAAAUUUCAGGAAGAUUCCAGAUUUCUAUGAGAAAAUUUAAUCAGUCAACAUGACUACAUUGCACUAUGGAAAAAGCCUGUGCGUCAAAGAGUUAUGGGAAAUAUGGUUGCUGCGAGCCUUUGACGACAAUUCUCUGAGAACUGGGGGGGGGGGUGUGUGGACUGUUGACACAGAGCAGAGGUGCAGUGCAAAUACGGCACGUGUUCCAUCCGGCGUUCGCAAAGGGCGGCUCGUCACCGAGGCUAAAGGGGUUAAUGUGCCUGAGAUCACUGAUAACCAGGCUUUGUGAAUCAGACUCGCUUGCAGGGUUUGCCCCAACCUGAUAAAACGCAGCAGAUGCACUCAAUUACCACCCUCUGUGACGCAGUAAAUUUGUGUGCAUGUGUUACUGGCUCGGUCUUCGGGGUAGAGGUGUACUUCAUAUUGAGGGGUGGGAUUAGACGUGACUACCUUAUUACAAAAGGCUGACCAAACCCCCCCAACCAGACGCCGGAGCUCUUAAAUAGCUUGUCUGGUGGGAGACACACAGUGUCUGACUCGCCCCUGGCCUACACCCACAAGACGUGCCUUUGGCCAGGCCGUCCGGGACCUAACUGACCGAUGCAAGCCUUGCAAGCUUGUUCUGAGGGACAAAAUGAGCCGGAUACUUUUCCACUAGGAUUCUCUUUUAAUGUGACGAGGUUCCUCUGCUUUACUCCAUUCUUACUCCAGCUUUACUCCAUGGUAAACUGCUUCAGUGGCUUGGACUUCACCUAUUCAUUGCCAACAAAAAACUGUAAAAAGUGUUGCUGCUGCUGUUGAAGUCCUCAGUCACAUACGUUUAGCCUGCGUGGGGCCCCAUGUUCAGCCGAAGGCCCCCGGAGUGGCUGCGGGAGAGCAGGGGCUCCCGGCGUCUGGUGCUGGUGGUGGUGUGUGUGGCCCUCUUACUGGACAACAUGCUGCUAACUGUAGUGGUUCCCAUCAUCCCCACGUUCCUAUACGCCACUGAGCACAAACUGCAGAACUCCUCACUGAGCUUCAAUAACCAGAAGCCCCCAAAGGAGACACCUUUGUCUUCUGUUCUCUCGCUCUACGAUAACACCACCUACGUCCUGGGGCCCCACACAGCCAAGCCGCUCGAUCCCACCCCCCGCGGGGGCCAUAACCGUUCCAUAACCAGCUGCCAGGAGGACAGCGACUUCUUGGUGGAGGAGAAUGUGCGCGUGGGGUUGCUCUUCGCCUCCAAGGCUCUGGUGCAGCUCCUGGUCAAUCCGUUCGUUGGGCCGCUCACCAACAGGAUUGGAUACCACAUUCCCAUGUUUGCCGGCUUUGUCAUCAUGUUUGUUUCCACAAUAAUGUUCGCCUUCUCAGGCACCUACGCCCUGCUGUUUGUGGCCCGCGCUCUGCAGGGAAUCGGCUCCUCCUUCUCCUCCGUCGCAGGUCUGGGCAUGCUGGCCAGCGUAUACACAGACGACAACGAGAGGGGGGUCGCCAUGGGCAUUGCGCUGGGGGGUCUGGCCAUGGGCGUCCUGAUCGGGGCCCCGUUUGGCAGCGUCAUGUACGAGUUUGUAGGCAAAAGCGCCCCCUUCCUCAUUUUGGCCUUCCUUGCAUUAUUCGAUGGAGCUUUGCAACUCUGUAUACUUCAGCCCUCGAAGAUCUCUCCUGGGAGCCUGGAGGGCACGCCUCUGCUGACCCUGCUGAAGGACCCCUACAUCCUCAUCAGCGCAGGCUCCCUGUGCUUCGCCAACAUGGGGGUGGCCAUGUUGGAGCCCAGCCUCCCCAUAUGGAUGAUGCAGACCAUGUGCUCUCCGAAGUGGCACCUUGGGAUGGCUUUCCUGCCAGCCAGCAUAUCUUACCUCAUUGGAACCAAUCUGUUUGGCUCGCUGGCCAACAAAAUGGGAAGGUGGCUGUGCUCCAUGAUCGGGAUGCUUGUGGUUGGAAUCAGCCUUCUUUGUGUUCCUUUAGCGAAAAACAUCUACGGUCUCAUUGGGCCAAAUGCUGGUCUGGGUUUUGCAAUUGGGAUGGUCGAUUCCUCCAUGAUGCCCCUCAUGGCCUAUCUAGUCGACAUUCGUCACAUUUCUGUAUACGGCAGCGUCUACGCUAUUGCUGAUGUGGCGUUCUGCAUGGGAUUCGCUAUUGGCCCGUCCACAGGGGGUGCCAUCGUAAGAGCCAUUGGGUUCCCCUACCUCAUGGUGAUCAUCGGCAUCGUUAACGUCCUCUACGCACCCCUGUGCUGCUUCCUGAGGAGCCCGGCAGCCAGGGAAGAGAAGAUGGCCAUUAUCAGCCAAGAGUGUCCCAUGCCUGUGAAGAGGUACAACACUCAGAGACAGCAGCAAGAGUUUCCACUGAGCGACGAGAGUGAGGAGGAAGCUGGGGAGUGACCCUGACCCUCACACACACACACACACACACACACACACACAAACAUAAACAAUACAGGCUCAUGUACCCAUAGACACACACACAAAAACAUGGAGACACACUGAGAGAAGCAUUAAAGAAGGAACUAUAUUUAUUUCAAAUAAGAGGCAGCACAUAUUUACUGCCCUUUGAUGUGUUGCUGCUGGUUCUCGUUCUCCGGAUCCUUCAGGUGCGCUAAAUGUCCUCUGCAUCUUAGCCCUGUGUGCCUCGGACUUGUCGUUUAAGGUUAUCACACAUCCAGGCUGUAGUUUUCAUUUUCUUGGCCUUAUAUAAGUUAACGUGAAAAGACCAGAUUGCCAACAUGCCUUUAUAAUGGCACCGAAGACAAUAAGCAUUAGUGUUUCCCCAUCUCCUAAUACCGUGUCGUGUCUUACAUAGUGUAUGAUGGUGUAUUGUCCAUUAGAGUACAAAAUAUUAUUUUAUGUAAUAUGUAACAGCCUGAAUAUUAGAAUCAAUUGGGUGAAGUUCCCUAAUUUAUCAUUUUACAUUAAGUGGUUUUGGUUGGUAUAGAGUGACAUAUGAUAUCUUGUGAAAAUGACAAGAAAGAAAUGUAAUGUUUCAUUAUAACCUCUCAAUCAUGAAGACGAACAACAACACAACGCGCUUCAAAAUAUGCCACCAUAUUCACAGACGUUGUCAAUCUUGCAUGAAAUUAUUGCUGCAGUUGUUCCUGCGGAUCUCACCCUUCCUCCUAACACACAGUGAAAAAAUGGAUGUUUCUGAGCAAAAUGGUUUGUCAGUUAUAAUAUUCAAAUUGUUUGUUUAGUUAUAUCUCUUUUGCCUCUAUUUUGCAAUACCCAUUUUAUUUCUUUGAAGAGGAAACCUGGUUUUGCGUGUAGUUGUGCUAUCAUGAGAAAAUGUUUUAAUAAAAAAUGACACAA